UUGGUUGAUCGAUUCAUUUGUGUUGAAAAUAGUAACAACAACAAAAAAUGGAAGUAUUCCUUAUGGUACGACGACAAACGACAACCAUAUUUCUGGAUUGUAAAGAAGUAACGCCCAUUAUUGAAUUGAAAAAAAUGAUCGAAGGUAUAACAAAAAUAUUGGCCAAAGAUCAGAUGCUCAUCAAAGAUGAUCAACCAAUGGAUGAUCAUAAAACAGUUGCUGAAUAUAAUUUAACAGUAACGACAGCCAAAGCACAGGCACCGGCAACAAUUGGACUUUGUUUUCGUCAAUCAGAUGGAAUGUUUGAACCAUUAGAAAUGACACCAUAUUCACAGCCACCAGAAUUGCCUGAUGAAUUGAAGCCGGUGGAUUCACGUGAACAAAAUGAUUAAAAAAAACAAAGUAUCGUUAUCGAUAAACACAGGGAGAAACUGGAAAAAAAUUGAUUGUGACAAUUUCAUCAUCAUCAUCAUCAUCAUCAUACAAAUCAUCCUCAUCAUUGAUAAAUGCAUUUCGAUUGCACAACAACCAUGUU